AUGACUCUCUUGACAUUAUCUGCCUCGAUCCACGGAUUGGCCCCACAUUGCAACCAAAGCCUCGACUGCCACCCAACACCCCUACAAACCGGCAUCACAUUCACAGCUCUAUACCUAAUCGCUCUCGGGACAGGUGGCAUCAAGCCGUGCGUUUCCUCCUUUGGUGCCGACCAGUUUGACGAGCAAGACGAGAAGGAAAAGAAGCGAAAAAGCUCGUUUUUCAACUAUUUCUACCUCUCCAUUAACAUUGGGGCCCUCGUGGCCGCGUCCGUGCUCGUGUGGGUUCAGAUGAAUGUCGGUUGGGGUUGGGGAUUCGGGAUUCCCGCAGUUGCCAUGGCCGUGGCUGUGGCCUUCUUUGUGUUCGGGAGUGGAAUGUAUCGACUUCAGAGGCCCGGCGGGAGCCCAAUCACGAGGAUUUUUCAGGUAUUGGUUGCUUCGGUUAGGAAGUUUAACGUGAAGGUACCGAAAGACGGGUCGCUUUUGUACGAGACGGGCGAUGCCGCGUCGAGUAUUCAAGGUAGCCGCAAGCUUGAGCACACGGAGAAGUUCAGAUUCCUCGACAAGGCUGCGGUGGACACCGGUGCCGACAUCCUAAAAUCGGGCCACGACAGCCCGUGGCGCCUCUGCACGGUAACCCAAGUCGAGGAGCUAAAGUCGGUAAUCCGCCUCCUUCCCGUUUGGGCCACGGGCAUCGUUUUCUCGGCCGUCUACAGCCAGAUGAGCACAAUUCGAUACUAUAAUCCACUUGACUUGAAGAGCGGUGGUAUGAAGCACGUGAAGAUUGCAUGCAAGGGGCGUGAUUCAGUGCCAGAGAAUGAGGCUGUAAAUAAAUUUUUUAAUGAGGUCUUCCAGUUCGUGACUCGGCACAAGCAACAAAAGAAAUAUAUUCUUGUUCAUUGCACACAUGGGCAUAACCGUACUGGAUAUAUGAUUGUCCACUAUCUCAUGCGUACGCUGCCCAUAUCUGUCUCUCAGGCAAUCAAAAUAUUUGCUGAUGCACGUCCUCCUGGGAUUUACAAACCAGACUACAUUGAUGCUUUGUACGAUUUCUAUCACGAGAAGAAGCCUGAUAUGGUUGUUUGCCCCCCAACUCCAGAGUGGAAAAGAUCAUCUGAUCUCGAUUUGAAUGGUGACGCGAUGCCAGAUGAUGAUGACGAUGAUGGAGAUUCUACAGCUCCUGUAGAUGAUACGAAGGAGACACAGCUGAUCAUGACAAAUGAUGAUAUAUUGGGGGAUAAAAUACCUUUUGACCAAGAACUAGCAAUGCGACAUUUCUGUUAUCAGAUUAUGAAGUUGGCUAUGCCACAAGGGGUAGGUUCUUUAGGAGUAGUGAUCUUGAUUAAAGCCAGUGUUUUGGAAUUUCCGUUAACUGAGAAGUAG